GUAUUAAAAUAUUGUUUGCCAUCAGUAGUUACAAAGAGUGCGAUAAGAUAUAUAAAUAUCUGCUUAGAGAACUAAUUUUUGUUUUAUACGGCGGUGGUUGGAAAAGCAAUAAAGAAUGAAAUCACUUCUAUUUCUUCUGAUCUUCUAUAACUGGCAGGUUUCCUUCGCCCAAAAGUGCUCGAGCCCGGAUGUAUUAAGAAAGAAAUCAUUUAUUUAUAGAGUACCAUCAUCUCAAAUUGAACUGAUAGAAUGUUUCUAUACUGACGGCAACCCGCACAAUAAUUAUUACGAUAUUACUGACAACUGCGUAACUGCUGCCAGGACCAAAAUAUUUAUUGACAAAUAUGGCGAAGAACACAAUGUUAAUGUGGAUGGAUCCAAAAUUUUUCUUAAAACAUACGAUGCCAAAGCUGAGACAUCACAGAACGUAGUUUUUCUUAAAUCCGGAAAGAAAUGCAGGUAUGACGCUGGUUUUUGCUAUGACUCUUCCGCAGGAAAUAGUUACGCCGUAGUCUGGGAAGUCAAUCCAGUACCAGAAGCCGUAUGCUCUAAUCAAUUGCAGCAAAUUUUCUAUGGUUACGUUGAUUUUUGGACCUUUACUGUAGAAAACAGAAAAUAUCUUGUUUACUCUGAUCCUAUAAAAGAUCAGUCAUUUUCAUUAAGCCUAUCGAACACAACCAUUUGCCAAGGAAAACAAGCUUGGUAUGUCGAAGAACAAGGUUUCUUAGUAUCAUUUACUAGUUUGCUACCUGGUAAUAAAUCUACAUUCGUUUUGGACCAAAAGCUGUUUCCGCCAUUAAAAUCUCAAGGAGAUACUAGUGACAGUAUUAUUAGGGACUGUACUCUGAAAUCCUACAACUUAAACUUUGAUACGAAGAUCGAUACCGAUUAUUUAUCAGAUUCAGAAAAUCUUAAAAGCAUUCUCAAAUAUUAUCAACAAAAUAUGGAUAACAACAAAAAUGACAUAAAUAAACUAGCAAAAGAUAUAGAGAAUCACAACAUUGUCAAGGAACCAUCUUCAAAUAUACUUUCAGAAUUGAUAAAACUAAAUUCAUCACUUAAUACAAACUUGAGUAAUAUUAACAAACUUUCCAAAGAUAUUAACCAGCUGAAAACUGUAGAUACAGACAUUUAUUCGAUAAUAACAAAUUUAACUAAUAGUGUUAAACAAUUUAAGUUAGACAUUAAAAAUACAGAAAAUAAUAAAUACCUACAAAAUUAUUUAAACGAAUUUGAAAAUGAUGUUAACAAGAAAUUGUACGACUAUCAUACAGACAUCAAAAUAGAAUUAGAUAAACUUACACAAUCAUCGGGAUUAAAUAUUAUAAACACACUUAAUCCAACAAUACAAAGUCUUAACCACAGCAGUACAACCUGCUUAAAUAAAGUAACUAGUCUUGAAAAAGACACAAAAAGGUCCAUACAAAAGUUACAAAACGACUUGACGGACACUCAAGACUCGCUAGAAAAAAAUGUCAAGAAGUUUAUAUUGGCUAAUUUAACAAAUAUUGAAAUGGUUUUUAGUCAAAAAUUAAAUGAUGUUCUAGCAUCAGCAAAUAAAAAAUGCAACCAAUCAUCGAAUGAAGUAACCGCCUUUAAAAAUAUGCUUAAGAACGAUCUAGCAAUGCUGGAAGGGAAGCUUGACAAAUGCUCAAUUGAUCAAAAGACAACCUCCGAUGAACUGGAAAAGACAAAACGAGUUUUAUCCACCAUAAUUUCAACUUCAGCAAACGAUAUUAAGCACUUAAAUAAAUCACUUUACAAUUACAUAAACAUGUCAAUUUCUAGUCUAACAGAUGCUACCAAUAAGGACUUUUCUAAAGAACUUGCUGAUCUAAAAAGAAGCCUAUCAGUCAGAUUAUCCAAUGAUGAGUCUCGUUUAAAUGAAGUAGAGAAAACUGUAAAAAAGCUUAGGAGUGAUUUCAAUGAGAAAGGUAAUUCUCUUGACAUUGCUUUCCAAGACAUUAAAAAUGAUAUAUUAGUAUUGCAAGGCCCUAACGACGAGCUUGCUCAAAGAGUGGAGGCGAGCAUUUUGUCAAAAAUUAUUCCCUUACUGAACCCUACUUUUAUAACAAAAAACGUUAGCCGUGAAUUAGGUAUCUUAAAAGAUGAGGUUGCUGCACAAUUCUCCAAUUCUAAUAAAAAAAUAGAAGACCUUGAAAAAGAAGUAAAUUCCUGCAAGAGUCUUUCUGGAAAAAAGUUGAAAGAAAAUGAAAAGAAAAUAGGACAGGUUGAGAAUAAUUUAUCCAGAACACAAAAGACUCUAAUUGAUCUAUCGAAAAAGUUCAAUAAUGGUUUUUACAAUCAAGUCCAUGAUAAAGUAACUUCUGCACUCGACAAAAGCGAUAAGUGUGAAACAGAAGUAAAACGGCUAAAGAAUGAGAUUGAUAAGUUGAAGAAUGAUUUGGCCAGCCUGAGAGAAGAGUUUAGAAAUAAUUUUGGCACAGAGCCUAUAUAUUGAUUAAUAAAUAUAAAGUGCAAACUUCUUUUAAUUUUUCUUUUUUUAUGAUACCUUGUUUUCCAUAUCUUACUAUUACUUGUCGAUCUUCUAUUUGCCGUUUUCCUUAUUUUUUUAUAUUUCCAUUUACUUUAACUACAGUAUAGGUAAAAGUUUAUGGUCGGUAUGGACCUUACGUGAGAUGGAGUGAAAAACACCUGUUUAAAAUGAGAGAGGUAUAUUAGGUCCGCCCUUAUCGUCGUAGUUACUCCAAUGGGUCGUAUAUCAAAAUAGACGAUUUUUCAGGAGAUGAAAAAAAUGAUAUGAAUUGUAGAACUUUCGUAUAUUUAAUCUGCUGUUUGGGACAAACUAUACUUUUGCCGAAAUAUAUUAAUAUUAUAUUAACAUAUCAACUAACUAGGGCUUAGAAACCCGUUUUUAAUGACAAGAUAAUUUACUUGCUACCACUUGGUUACAUUUUUUGACAUAUGAUGUACUGUAAUAAAGAAACUACACC